AAAUGAAAUGAUUUGUGAUCAAGAAAGCACCCGAUUUAAAGAAACUCUGUGGUUAUGCUUCAAAGUUUCUUUUGAAUUUGUGCCUCGAGAAUUGGCAGCCCAUAAACGUGCCUCAGAGGAAAUACAUUCACUACUACUUGGGGAAAAAGAUCUUCCAGAUGAUAGUGUUGUUUUUGUGCACAAUAGUAAAAGUGAAAUUGAGGACAUUUGUCUGGAGUUAUUUGACUCAGAGCCAAAAAUAUUGGAGCAAUACCCAUUUACAAACCUGGAAGAAGUUGCGAAUAAAGGUCAAGUGAUCAUUUUCUGCUAUGGAGAAGAAGCAAAAAAUGAAAUAUCAUAUCUUAUUCAGAGUGAGAGAAACACUGUAUCUGAAAAAGUGUUCUUCCUUAUUUUGGAAACCAAAUUCAUUGACUGGGAGUUCCGUAAAAAUGCCAUUCUGAAAUCAUUGGGAAAUGUUAUUGAUGGAAGAAAUAUUUUGCAUUCUCAAACGAAUAAGGUGCAUCUAUACGAAACAUUCUGCUGCCACCUAGAUGAUCAAAUUAGGCAACUGCAGAAGAGGUUUGAAACCAGUGGCUCUGAACAUGAUUUAAAAUUGGCUAAAGGAGUGAGGCAUAUUUACGAAAAAGUAUUAAAACCAAAUGCAAACAUAAGCAGUGCAUUAGAAACUGAAUGUAAACAUUUAAUUGAACGUUCUGACUUUCUUACGGCGUAUAUGAUUCGAAAGAAUAUUGUGUGGGUAAUUGGAGACACUCUACAGAAGAAAAAUGAGAAACCCUGGCCUGCAUCUUUUGAGGAGAGAAUACGGAAUGAAAAUAUGGAAAUUAAAUUUGGGGAAAUAAGACCCCAAGGACUGUGUGUCGGUUCAAAACUUUUUCGUCAGGAGGAUAUGAGGAUAUUUGGAUCAAUAGGGAUGUUUGGCACAUAUAAGCAUGAGAAAGAUACCCAAGUCUGUGUAAGCAGUGCGCAUAUAUUAAGAAAAGAAGACACAGGAUAUAUAGAACAUGAAGGAAAAAUACGAGAGCUUGGAAACUGUAUUUGGCCAAUGAGUUCCGUUGUAUCUGUUUUAGAUGAAAUGAGCGUUAUUGCAUUGGAUGACAGCUUACAAUUCUCAGCUGAAAAGCACUUACAUGAAUCAGUUAAACUAUUUGAGGGAAGUCCCAGUGAAUUAUUAAAUCGUAAAGUUUUCAAGUUUGGUGCAUCCUCUGCCAUGACGAAAGGUUUUGUGGAUCAAGUAAUAGUUACAUCCCUGGGUCCGGAAACAGCCUAUGGAAUAACACCACAUCCAAAAAAUUCAGUUUUUUCCACUGAAGGAGACUCUGGGUCAGUUGUUUGUACAAAAAUGAAUCGCACAAUAUAUGCUAUUGGGUUGGUUAUUGGCAAGUUUGAACCACAUGAUGAACAAACUAGUGAGAAUAUAGAUACAUUAAUUAUGGUAUCAAAUUUGCAGAUGGCGGUUUUACGUUUCAAGAAAGAAAUGGGAGGAGAAAUAGGAGACUGGCGCCUUUAAAAAAAAAUAUGAAAUUGAAAUCCUCUGAAUAUUUUGUAAAAAAGAUUCUCUAUUCUUAAAAAAAAGAAAUGUUUGAUAUCUUGUAUGUAUCUAGCUGCAGAACUGUAGCUCUCGGAAAAAAAAUAUUGACAGACCGGAGAGCUACAGUGCCACCCAUAGAGAAAACUGUAUAUUUACUCUGCACAAAAAUUGCGCUUGAUUCCGGUUUCAUUUCUCUAAAUUCUUACCUCAACUUCAACUGCACAAAAACUCGAUUUCAAGAUAUUUCUUAGACUUUUAUCAACUACUGUCGUAGUUAACUUCUGCACGAAGCGCUGUAGACCGAAUUGUCUUGCCACCCAAAAUGGCAGUAUAAGUAGGCGAAACUUUCGAUGGUCUUCAUUUCAGGUCCUGUAGGACUAUUUCCAACGGUUCCGGGGGAAUGUUUUGUUGUGGAAAUAGUAAAAUAAUAUGUUCGUAACAGCCGGUUAGUAAUAUUUUGAGAUGGCAGUUUAAAUAUGCAGAGAAAUAUAAAUUCAUAAUUGAGCACAACUUUUUGUGCGCAAUAAAUAUACAAUUUUUUCUAUGGGUGGCACUGUUGCUGUCAGGUCUGUAUAUUUUUUUUUUUUCUGAGAGCUACAGUUCUGC